AUGCGUGAGAUCGUUCACAUUCAAGCUGGCCAAUGUGGAAAUCAAAUUGGUGCUAAAGCAAGUUUUCUGCUUUUUAUUGUUUACAUUACUUUAGGCUCAUUUUAAGGAGUGGUGGUUUCAAUUGUUUUAUAUUGAAAAAAAGUUCUUUGAAGGCAUUGAUAUUUUGUUGAUAUCAAUAGUUGCAGCGCGUUUUAUUAAAAAGAUGGGAAAUUGUUUUUAUAUUUUAUCGUUAUUCUUGCUCGAAAUUUAAUAAAAAAAGGGAUUUUUGGUUUUAAAAUAAGGUAAAAACUAGGAAUCUGAACGUCUGUUUACUUAUUUUAUCAACAGAUUUAUAUUUCUUUUCCUAACUGUUAAAAACGGCUUGAACUUUCCUAAAGUAAUAUGAAAAGUGAAUUUAUCUUUAUGUUCAUAAAAAUUUUAAAAAUAUUUGGCUUUUAUAAUAAAGGAUCUUAUUUUUUUACAUCUUUAUUCGAAUUUUCUGAUUUAUUACCUAAAAUUUAUUAUUUUUUACCUAAAAUAAUGUAUUUCGCUUGUGUAUGUCGUGUAAUGGUAAACUUUUCUUCGAACUGUUUAUCAUCGGCUUAAAACGAGGAAAAUUUUAUUUUUUUUAUAUUAUUUUAGGUAUCUAUCGCCCUUUUUUACAUUUUUAAACUUUUUUUAUAAAACUGAUCGAUAUUUAGGUUAAUAUUACUAAAACAUUGAUUAAUAUGGACUAUGUUUACUUGUUUUGACAUUGUUUUAAUUUUUUUGUUAAAUUCUUACUUGCCAGUGUAUCACAUACCUUUUUUCAUAUACUGUUGUUAGUUCUUAUCAUUUAUUUAUUUUAUUUUCAGUUCUGGGAAGUGAUUUCGGAUGAGCACGGAAUCGAGCCAACCGGCGUCUACAAUGGGGAUUCUGAUUUGCAAUUGGAGCGAAUCAAUGUCUACUACAACGAAGCGAGUGGAGGAAAGUACGUUCCACGUGCUGUGCUGGUUGACUUGGAGCCGGGCACUAUGGAUUCGGUACGAGCUGGAGCGUUUGGUCAACUCUUUCGACCGGACAACUUUAUCUUUGGUAGGAAUUUUGUUUCCAGGCAUUUUUACUGUAGUAACUUUGAAUACAGGCUUUUACUGUAGUAAUUACUCUUCUUUACUUAGCUUAUUCACUCUGACAUUGAACUUUAUAUAGUACUAUGCGUUACUAGGCCUAAUAAUUUUUGCUUUUGUAGGCCAAAGUGGAGCCGGCAACAACUGGGCCAAAGGACAUUAUACUGAAGGCGCUGAGCUGGUCGAUAAUGUGCUGGAUGUGGUGAGGAAAGAAGCUGAAGCUUGUGAUUGUCUUCAGGUAAGUAUCUUAGGCGCUUGAAGAUUUUAAUUUUUUCUGACAACUUGUGAGUUGUAAAGAAAGUUAUUGCAUUUUUUUAAUGAUUUUAUAGGGAUUUUUAAAAAUUGUUAAAAAUUUUAUAAAUUUUAAAAUUGCAACAACUUUCUUUAUAAAACAAUAAAUGGUAAGAACUUUCUUGAUAAAACAUAAAUUUGCAAUAACAUUCUUUACAAACUUAAAAAUAACAAGAACUUAGCAAAACAAGAAAUGGCAAUAACUUUCUUUACAGAAUAUGAAAUGGUAAGAACGUUCUUUACAAAACUAAAAAUGGCAGGAACUUUAUUUACAGAGCAUAAUAUGACAAAACUUUAUGUACAAAGUAAAAAAAUUCUGCAUUUUUUUUGAGUUUUUAGAAUUUUUUCAGUUUUUGUUUGUAAAGAAAGUUUCUGCGCUCUUUAGGGAUUUUAUAGUGAUUUAUCGGCAUUUUUUGGACUUUUUGGGGUUGUAAAGGAAGUUGUUGCAUUUUUUUUUGAAACUGCAUUUUUAAGUAUCUAAAAUUUUUUUUUCAAGUUUUUGUUUGUAAAUAAAGUUUUCGCGCUUUUUUGAAAUAAUGGGUAUUUGAAAUUCAAUUUUAAAAUUUUUUAAGUUGUAUAGAAUGUUUUUGCGCUUUUUUAGGAUUUCAUAGGGAUUUUAUGGCAUUUUUUGGACUUUUUGAGGCUGUAAAGAAAGUUUUUGCAUUUUUUGGCGUUUUAGUUUUUUUUAUUUUAAUAGUUUUUUUUAAGUUGUAAACAAAAUUUUUGCAAGGUUUUUUACGAAUUUUUUUCAAAACUUUUGUACUGUAAAGAAAGUUUUUGCAUUUUUCAAUUUUUAACGAAUUUUUAUUUUCAGGGCUUUCAAAUGGCCCACUCUCUGGGCGGUGGUACCGGCUCAGGCAUGGGUACCCUUCUGAUCUCAAAAAUCCGCGAAGAAUACCCGGAUCGUAUCAUGGCCACAUACUCUGUAGUACCAUCUCCAAAAGUCUCGGACACUGUGGUUGAGCCAUACAAUGCCACUUUGAGUGUACAUCAACUGGUCGAAAACACGGACGAAACUUUCUGCAUCGACAACGAAGCUCUGUAUGAUAUCUGCUUUAGAACAUUGAAGCUGAUGACUCCAACUUAUGGCGAUCUUAAUCAUCUUGGUAAGGGGGUGGUGAUUUUUAAGUUGGGUUUUAUUGGAGUUUGGUUACAGUAUUUAAAAUGACUUUUUGUUAUUGUAUCUAAAAUCAUUUUUGGUUACAGUAUAUAAAAUGAAUUUUUUUUACAGUAUACAAAGUGAGUUUUUAGCUACUGUAUCAAAAAUAAAAUUUUGUUACAGUAUCCAAAAUGCAUUUUUGUUACAGUAUAUACGAUGAAUUUUGGUAACAGUAUUUAACGUAUAUUUUGAUUACAGUAUCUAAAAAGACUUUUUGUUACAUUAUCGAAAAUGAUUUUCAGUUACAGUAUUCAGAAUGCGUUUUGGAUACAGUAUGUGAAGUAAAUUUUUAUUACAGUAUUUAAAAAGAUUUUUUAUUACAGUAUGUAUGAGUUUGGAUACCGUAUUUAAAAACAUUUUUUAAUCACAAGCAUUUUGUUACAGUAUCCAUGACCAUGUCCGGUGUAACAACCUGUCUCCGCUUCCCAGGUCAGCUAAACUCGGACCUUCGCAAGCUAGCCACCAAUCUGGUGCCAUUUCCUCGGUUACACUUUUUCAUGCCCGGAUUUGCCCCACUCACGUCGCGAGGCUCUCAACAGUAUCGUGCUCUCACCGUGCCCGAGCUAACUCAACAAAUGUUCGAUGCCAAGAAUAUGAUGGCCGCUUGUGACCCGAGACAUGGCCGAUACCUGACUGUGGCUGCCAUCUUCCGAGGACGAAUGAGCAUGAAGGUAGGGGAAGUUCUGAAGUUAUUUUGGGGGUUUGGGGUGGAUGUAGUAGAGGAAUGGCAUUUUUAAAGUUUACACGCGAAGAUACGAUAAAGAGUGUCAUUUUUGAAGUAUUUUAGGAAAUUUGGUGGUGAAUAUAGUAUUUAAAAUGACAUUUUUUAACUUUAAAAAUUGAAUUUUUAAAAUUUGAAUUUGAGUAUAAUAUUAAAAAUGGCAUUUUUUGAGUUGUUUGGUGGAUAUAGCACGGAAAAUGGCACUGUUAAAAUUUUAAUUUUUUAAGUUUGUAAGGCAGAGAUACGAUAAAGAAUGGCAUUUUUUGAUGUUUUUAAAUUGAUAUUUCAAAGUUUAAAGGCAAAAAUAAUAUAGUAAAAGGCAUUUUCAACAUGAAAAAUUGAAUUUUUUAAAUUUUAAGUAGAGGUUCUUUGUUUUAUAUGAUUUUAUGUGGUUUUUGUUAGUAUAUUUUGCAGUGCACGAAAGUACCACGGUAAUUUUGUUGUUUCUGAUUUUUAUUUUUAUGUUUUCAUUUUAUUAUUGUGUGGCUAAUAGCUUUGUUCGAUCAAGUUUCUGAUCAAACUUUGUUUUGGCGUGCUUGAUUAUGCCUUUCUGAAUUUACGUUUUGUUGGGUUGGUCUUUUGUGGUACAGGGAUUUCAAAGAGGAGGGGAUUAAUGUGGUAGAUCGUUCAUCGUUCUGAGUGCUUGUUGUUGAUAUAUGUGCUUGUCGUUGACAAGGAUGAGGAAGAUCUAACUUAAUGGUUGUUUUGUGUUGAUUUGGAUAAUGUCUUUGUGGUUUCUUUGUUUUUAAUUUGAUUGUCGUUGGUUUAGUUUGGUUUUUCUUCUUGUUUUUCUUCUUUUUGUGGAUGUUGUUCUUGGUUUGUCUUGUUUGAUUUUGAUGUUUUUUCUUUUUACAAGGUGUCGUUCUUGUUUUCUUGUUGACUAGGGACGUCGCGAUGGAGAGGAUAGGGUUAAUGGGGAUGGAUUCAUCCUCCUUUUCUUUCUUCGAGCCGAUCUGAAAAAAAAUUCAGAAGGUGGCAUGUACGUACCUGUGGACCAAAAAUGUUUUUUUUGGCUUUCUUUUUUGAAAAAAAUUUGUAGCGACGUCCCUUUUGUUGACUAUUGAUCACAUUUAAAUGCACAUACACUUACCACUUGUCAGAACAAGCUUUACACACUCACAAGAUUUUUUAUUUGAAAAAUUGAACAGAUCUUAAAAAACACAAAAAGAAUUUUUAAAUCACCAUAGCUUUGGUUUCAAGCUUAUGAACAAGGUUUUUCUUAUCAAAUUGAAAAUCAAACACAACAAGAAUGCUAAGUAUUAUGUUUAAAUAAAUGACCAUAAAACAUUGUAGGAAGUGGACGAGCAAAUGCUGAAUGUUCAAAACAAAAACUCGUCCUACUUUGUCGAAUGGAUUCCAAACAACGUGAAAACCGCGGUUUGUGACAUUCCACCUCGUGGAGUGAAAAUGGCGGCCACGUUCAUUGGCAAUUCGACCUCGAUUCAAGAGCUGUUCAAGAGAAUCAGUGAACAAUUCACAUCCAUGUUCCGUCGCAAAGCCUUCUUACAUUGGUAUACGGGCGAGGGAAUGGAUGAGAUGGAGUUUACUGAAGCUGAAAGUAACAUGAACGACUUGGUAUCUGAGUAUCAACAGUAUCAAGACGCGACGGCUGAUGAUGAAGGAGAGUAUGAUGAGCAGGAGGACUUGGAGUAG